AUGAAGUUAUACUUUCCGGUCUUGCUUCUUGGUAGCUCCCAAGUCCUGGGACUUGAGCUUCAAAUACCUAUCAAGCCAGUUCAAGUUCCAAGCUCCGUCGUUUCGUCCGCUUCCGAUUCCAAUGCGCCGGCAUAUCGUGACGAUCUAGUCUCCCUGCACAAGUCACUCGUAGAGAUUUCUUCUAUUAGUGGUAAUGAAAACGACGUCGGAACCUUCCUAGUCGAUUAUCUCUCAGCGCGCGACUUUGUCGUCCAGCUCGAAGCCCUCCCACCGACUAAUACUUCUAAUCCUGGCAAGCCCCGCUUCAACGUCCUCGCCUGGCCGGGUCCCAACAGACACCCGUCUCCAAAGGUGCUUGUCUCCAGCCAUAUCGAUACUGUCCCACCCUUUAUUCCCUACUCACGAACCGAUGCGGACCCCACCGCCGACACUGUGAUCGCUGGCCGCGGCAGUGUUGACGCAAAAGCCAGUGUAGCCGCGCAGAUCAUUGCCCUCCAGUCCUUGCUCGAAUCUGGUCGCAUUGAUGGUGAGGAGGACUCUGUUAUGCUUUUAUAUGUGGUUGGCGAAGAGACGUCGGGUGAUGGGAUGCGGUUCUUUUCGGACACACGUAGCCAAUUGAGCCCCCCUCCCGAUUUUAAAGCGGCCAUCUUUGGAGAGCCAACUGAGGGUCGUCUUGUUUGCGGACACAAAGGCAUAUUUAGCUGCAACAUCACAGUAAAAGGGCACGCGGGCCACAGUGGAUAUCCGUGGCUGGGUAAGAGUGCGACGGAGGUGCUGGCACGCGGCUUGGUACGUGUCUUGGAUACGGACCUGGGUAGCAGCGAAGAGUUUGGCAACACAACUGUAAACGUCGGGUUAUUUGAGGGAGGCGUCGCUGCGAAUGUGAUUGCGGAGAGGGCGACAGCUCGACUUGCGGUCCGCGUGGCUGUCGGUCCUGAGAAUGGAGGCGAAAAGAUCGUGGCGCAGCGAUUGCAGGAGGUCAUGCGCAGCGUCGACAAGGACGCGUUUGAAUUCGACUGCAACAAUGGGUAUGGCGUGGUCAAGUGCGACUGCGACGUCGAGGGCUUCGAAACUACCACCGUGAACUAUGGAACGGACGUACACCACUUACAAGGCAACCAUACACGAUAUCUAUAUGGACCAGGAACUAUUUUUGUCGCACACGGCCCGGACGAGGCGAUCAAGCUUGGGGAUUUGGAAACGGCGGUGGAGGAUUUUAAGAAGCUCAUCCUGCAUGCUCUCGAAAGCUAA